AGCCCGGCCCCACUUCCGGCCGGUCCUGCGGUCCGGGAGCACUUCCGGCCGGCCCGGUGAUGGAGACGGAGCGGCUCGCGCUGCCCCCGUUGGGGCCCCUGGACCUCCCGCUCCGGGCCCUGGAGCUGGGCUGCACGGGCCGUUGGGAAAUCCUGCCGGCCCGGGCCCAGCCCUGGACCCCUCCUCUCAGCACCCUUCCUCACGGCCUGCCGCCCUGCGCCCCCGAACUGCAGCGUGAGACGGAGGACCUGUUCCUGUCUUCCCCGGACUGGCUGCCCCUCCAUGGAGUGGAGCACGGAGCCCGGACGUGGCCGCGGAGGACGGAUCCCUGGUCUCUGCUGGCGGCCCCCGGAGCCCCCGUCCCCUCCGACCUGCAGGCCCAGAGACACCCCACGACCGGGCGAGUGCUGGGGUACAGAGAGGUCUUGCUGGAGAACACCCAGCUCUCGGCUAAGACCUCCCUGUCCCUGCGCCGACCCCCGGGACCCCCGGCCCAGUCACUCAUGGGGAACCCGACCAACUACCCCUUCUGGCCUGGAGGGAUGGAUGAACCCACCGUGGACGACCUGAGCGCUCGGUCGGAGGCAGAGGAGGACGUGGAUUUCGAGCGAGACCUCCUCACCGUCCCCCCGGGCUUCACGAGAGGAGUGGACUUUGCCCCCAGAACUCAGCCCACCCCAGUCCCCGGCCUUCUGAGCCUCAACCUCCUCCUGGAGCCGCUGGAUUUCGGCGACCCGGAGGAGGAGGAGGAGGACAAAGAAGAGGAGAAAAAGACGAAGGAGAAGAAGAAGAAGGAAGAGAAGGAGAAGAAGAAGGAAGAGAAGGAAAAGAAGAAGGAAGAGAAGGAGAAAGGGCCCCGGGCGGAGGCGGGAGAGGCCGCCCAAGAAGCUGGCCCGGAUUUGCGGCCCAGCACGCCGCCGCUCCGGGCCGACAGCCUGGAGGACCUGGUUCUCAAGGAGGAGCCGGCCGCCGCGGCCGCCCCGGCCCCCGAGCCCCCUCGGGCCGCGGCCCCCGAGCAGUGGGCCAUCCCCGUGGAUAUCAGCGCACCCGUGGACGACUUCUACCGCCUGGUCCCGGAGCCCGCCGUCAAGUGGCCCUUCGAGCCGGACGUGUUCCAGAAACAGGCCAUCCUGCACCUGGAGCGCCACGAUUCGGUCUUCGUGGCCGCCCACACCUCCGCGGGAAAGACCGUGGUGGCCGAGUACGCCAUCGCCCUGUCACAGAAACACAUGACCAGGACCAUCUACACGUCUCCCAUCAAAGCCCUCAGCAACCAGAAGUUCCGGGACUUCCGGCUGACUUUCGGGGACGUGGGGCUCCUCACCGGCGACGUGCAGCUGCACCCCGAGGCCUCCUGCCUCAUCAUGACCACCGAGAUCUUGCGCUCCAUGCUGUACAGCGGUUCGGAUGUAAUCCGGGACCUGGAGUGGGUCAUCUUCGACGAGGUGCACUACAUCAACGACGCCGAGCGGGGCGUAGUGUGGGAGGAAGUGCUGAUCAUGCUUCCCGAGCACGUGUCCAUCAUCUUGCUGAGCGCCACCGUGCCCAAUGCCCUGGACUUCGCCGACUGGAUCGGGCGUCUGAAGCGGCGGCGCCUGUACGUGAUCAGCACGGCCACCCGCCCCGUGCCCCUGGAACACUUCCUGUUCACCGGGAACAGCACCCGCACCCAGGACCAGCUCUUCCUGCUGCUGGACGCCAAGGGGGCCUUCCAGACCAAGGGGUACUAUGCGGCGGUGGAGGCGAAGAAGGAGAGAACCAGCAAACACGCCCAGACCUUUGGGGCGAAACAGCCCACCCAGCAGACGGGGCCGGGCCAGGACCGGGCGGUGUACCUGGCCCUCCUGGCGUCCCUGCGGGCCCGCAGCCAGCUGCCGGUGGUGGUGUUCACCUUCUCGCGCGGGCGGUGCGACGAGCAGGCCUCCGGCCUGGGCACCGUGGACCUGACCACCGCCGCCGAGAAGAGCGACAUCCACCUGUUCCUGCAGCGCUGCCUGGCCCGCCUCCGGGGCUCCGACCGACGCCUGCCCCAGGUGCUGCACAUGUCGGAGCUGCUGCACCGGGGGCUGGGGGUCCACCACAGCGGGAUCCUGCCCAUCCUCAAGGAGAUCGUGGAGAUGCUCUUCAGCCGGGGGCUGGUCAAGGUGCUGUUCGCCACGGAGACGUUCGCCAUGGGCGUGAACAUGCCGGCGCGCACCGUGGUGUUCGACUCGACGCGCAAGCACGACGGCUCCGCCUUCCGCGACCUGCUGCCCGGCGAGUACGUGCAGAUGGCGGGCCGGGCCGGGCGCCGCGGCCUCGACCCCACGGGCACCGUCAUCCUGCUCUGCAAGGCCCGCACCCUCCCCGACAUGGCCGACCUGCACCGCAUGAUGCUGGGGAAGCCGUCCCAGCUGCAGUCGCAGUUCCGCCUGACGUACACGAUGAUCCUCAACCUGCUGCGCGUGGACGCCCUGCGCGUGGAGGACAUGAUGAAACGCAGCUUCUCCGAAUUCCCCUCCCGCCGCCACAGCAAGGCCCACGAGCAGGCGCUGGCGGAGCUGACGGAGCGCCUCAGGGCCCUGGAGAAGCCGGACACGUCGGGCCCGCUGGCCGACCUGCCCGACUACUUCAGCUGGGGCGAGGAGCUGACCGAGACGCGGGAGAUGAUCCAGCGCCGCAUCCUGGAGUCGGUGAACGGGCUGAAGUCUCUGUCGGUGGGCCGGGUCGUGGUCGCCCGGAGGUCCGAGGAUCACAACACCCUGGGUGUCAUCCUGCAGGUCUCCUCGGACAUCGCGAACCGGACCUUCACCACGCUGCUGCUGUGCGAGAGGGCGGGGGCUGAGGCCGAGGCCCCAGCCCCCCGCCGCGCCCCUUCCCCCGACGACCUGGCCGGGCACAACCUGUUCCUGCCCGACGGCCCCUGUGAGCACACGGUGGCCAAGCUGCACCCCGGGGACGUGGUGGCCAUCACCGCCAAGACGCUGCGGGUCAGCGGGGAGCGGAUCAUGGAAGACUUCAGCAGGAGGCAGCAGCCCCGCUUCAAGAAGGACCCCCCCGGGCCGGCGGUCACGGCGGCCCUCCAGGAGCUGGUCCGCCUGCUGCAGGCGCACCCGCAGGGGCCCCCGACCCUGGACCCCGUCAACGACCUGCAGCUCAAGGACGUGGCGGUGGUGGAGGGCGGCCUGCGGGCCCGGCGCCUCCAAGACCUGCUCCGGGGGGCCCAGUGCAUCCACAGCCCCCGCUUCUCCUCAGAGUUCCUGAAACUGCAGGAGCAGAGGCGGCUGCAGAAGGAGCAGGAGCGGCUGAGCUUCCUGCUGUCGGACCAGUCGCUGCUGCUGCUGCCCGAGUACCACCAGCGCGUCCAGGUGCUGCGGACGCUGGGCUACGUGGACGGGGCGGGAACGGUGCAGCUGGCCGGCCGGGUGGCCUGCGCCAUGAGCAGCCACGAGCUGCUGCUGACGGAGCUCAUGUUCGACAACGCGCUCACCGCUCUGCGCCCCGAGGAGAUCGCCGCCCUGCUCUCCGGCCUCGUCUGCCAGAGCCCCGGGGAGCCCCCCCAGCAGCUGCCCGCGCCCCUCAAGGAGGGGUUGGAGCGCGUGCAGGCCGUGGCCCGGCGCAUCGGCGAGGUGCAGGUGGCCUGCGGGCUGAACCAGACGGUGGAGGAGUUUGUCGGGGAGCUGCACUUCAGUCUGCUGGAGGUCGUCUACGAGUGGGCCAGGGGCAUGCCCUUCUCGGAGCUGGCCGGCCUGACGGGGACCCCGGAGGGCCUGGUGGUCCGCUGCAUCCAGCGCCUGGCCGAGAUGUGCCGCUCGCUGCGGGGGGCCGCCCGCCUCGUCGGGGAGCCCGUCCUGGGGGCCAAGAUGGAGGCCGCCGCCACCAUGCUGCGCCGGGACAUCGUCUUUGCCGCCAGCCUCUACACCCAGUGACCCCGUCGUCGUCCCCUGCCCCUCGUCCCGACCGAGGUCGGGGCCUUCUCCGCCUCGGGCCCCCCGGGGAGAACGCGAAAUAACAACUCGGCAA